AUGGCUACCCCUUCGGCAAUUACCAUCGGCAGCGGCUCAUUAACGGGCGUAUGGGCGGUUGACAAAAAGGUCUCGCCCCCUCCAGGGCCUGCAUUGAAGCUUCAAGGAGUUGGCUGGGCACUGCGCAAAGCUGCUAGUCUAGCAGUGCCAACUCUCCACAUAUCCAUCUCAGCCAGCUGUCCCGAUACUGAGUCGCAAUAUGCUCCACAAAAGUCGAAUCUUUCGGUCUUUCAGGUCCCCACAGCCGGGAUAGGAGGGAUCUCUGAGUUGCGUCUACUGGAUUGGGACGAAAUGAGCCCGCUAAAGGAUUUUGUAUUUGGAGCCCGUCAAUCUCGGAACCACUUCGUCACCGGUAAAAGGGGGGUUGAUGGCCGGGUGGUGCCCGACUUUGUCCUAAAGACAGGAAUUGAUGACCCUGUGAUUGGUCAGAUGCUGAGGGGAGAAAUUGCACCCGAAGGAUCUGACGGGAGUGGAUUCCUGGUGGAGGGUGGUGAAGCUGAGGAUGCAGGUCUCUGGAUCCACACCUUCGAUUAUCGAGAAGAUGGAGCAUGGACUGUGGAGCAGAUUUGGGGCUUCGAGAUGAUCGGGGGAGAAAGAUUCCAUACGCGGAGAUUCGUGGUUGCGGAUAAAGGGGGAAAUUUUGAGAUGGGUCGCAUUGUUUUUUCUUACUUUGGACCUAUCGAUGGCUGA